AUGUCGAAAAAAAUAAAAUAUUUGGAAAGAACUUAAAGAGACUUAGUACAUUCUAAGUUUAUUAUUGAUUAAAGAUACACUUAAACUCUUAAACCUUAAAUAUCAGAUUGGUUUAAAAAGAUGAAACCACUUCCAGGACUUUCAAGAAUAUUUUAAGAUUACAAUAAACGCUACUUUACUCUAAAUCUCCUUGAAAUAACACUCUAUUAUUCCAAUAAAGAACGAUACUCUCUUAAUGAUAUCACAUAUAUCCCAUUUGAAGUAUCAUAGCUAUUCAUUUUAGGAAGUACAGUCUGUCUCUGAUAAACCACAUUAUGCUCUAUCUAAUUAAGGAGUUGAGUGGAAAGAAGCCUUUGGAUUUACAAUUUAUUUGACCGAUAAAUAUAUUGUAUUGGUGGCAUAAUCAAAUGAAAUUUACAUGUUAUGGCUUAACUAUUUAGAAGCAAUUAGAUUUAGAUCAAAUGGAAAAAGUAUAUUAUAAAGACAACGAACCCCUUAUUAUUCUAAUUUAUUUGCCAUCAAUCUUCCUGACUUAAAAAACACUUAAUUCUCAUCACAAGAAUUGAAAUUGAAAAAAGAGUAAUCCAAUCCUGAAUCUAAAGAUUUAGAUAAACCUAUUUAUUAAACAAAAGAUGAUAAACAAUUAGCAUAAACACCUGUAAAUGAAGACAUUAUUAAUCAUUAAGAAAUAGAUCAUAAAGGUUCUAUUUUAUAAUUAGAGUAAUUCGAAAAUUAAGAUAAUUGCAUAUAUUCUUAAAAUCUUAUUUAAGAUUAUAAUAGAAUAGAAAUAAAAGAAAAAGAAUCUUCUAUAGAUUAGUAAAAUGAAGGAAAAAAUAAACUUAUCAUUUAGAAAGAAAUAGAAUUAAAAGCAUUAAAUAUGGAUUUUUUAGAAUAAGAAACUAGUUAAAUUACAAUCAUAGGUCAUCAAAAUGAAUAAAUAAUUUUAUUAAAUAAAUAAGAUUAGGUUAUUUAAAAAGAUGAUGAAGAAAAACUUAGUUAUUUACCAUAACCUAGAAGAUUAGAUAAAAUAAAGAAGAAACAAAGUUUAAAUAAUCAUUAAUAACCAAUUAAAAUUACAUAAAAAAAAACUAUUACAAAUAUAUGGGGAACUUAUGAUAAUGAUAUUAUUGAAGGAACAAAUAAUAAUGGAAAUAUUAAAAAGAUUGAUUAAGCACCUAAAUAAAUCUAAAGUUUAUUUCUCAAUAUACAAGAAUCACAUGAUUAAAUCGAAGAUAACUAAGUUGAUUAGCCUGAAUUAUUAGUUAAAUUUGACGAAUUAGAUUCAUCAAGAUGGACAGAAUAAUAAUGA